GCUUCGCCGUACAGAGCAUAAACAUGGUCACGCAGCUGUUCCUGUCCUGUUACGUUACUUACUGAUCUCACGUGUAAGCUGCUACUCCAAAAGAUUCUAGUUUCUACGCGAAUUAUUUACAUCACAUAAUAUAAUGGAGCCUCUCAUUAAAAUCAAUCCAGGAGCAACAAAAUGGGACAUUCGUCAGAAGAUUUGGGACUACAUCGAAGACAAGAAUCUGGCCAAUUUUCCUAGGCCCGUUCACAACAGAAUCCCCAAUUUUAAGGGGGCUUUCACUGCUUGCCCCAAGUUGUCUGAGCUGGAAGUAUUUACCCAGACAGCUGAGGUGAAGGUGGACCCCGAUAAACCUCUUGAGGGGGCUCGACUAGCAGUGCUUCAGGCACAGAAAACUUUGUUGGUCCCAACUCCUCGUCUUCGUUCCGGCCUUUUUAACAAGAUAGUCCCCCCACCGGCAGCCAACAAAGAAAAGCUGCGUGUAUGCUCUUCCUCUCAGGGCGUGAAAGAGUUCAGUGUGCCAAUCGGCCUGGAUGCCAAAGUCAAGGUUGACCUUGUUGUUGUUGGCUCGGUGGCUGUGUCAGAGAAUGGUUUCCGCAUUGGAAAAGGGGAGGGCUUUGCUGACCUGGAGUAUGCAAUGAUGGUCUCAAUGAAAGCGGUGGACGAUUCAACAGUGGUGGUCACUGUUGUCCACGACUGUCAGGUUGUGGACAUUCCUGAAGAACUCAUGGAAAGACACGACCUGACAGUGGACUACAUACUCACUCCAAGCAGAGUCAUUAAGACAAACUGCCUGCUUCCCAAACCACAAGGAAUCAUCUGGACUAAGCUGUACCCUGAAAAGAUGGAGAAGAUCCCCAUCCUGAAGAAACUCCUGGCUCUGGAGGAGCAGGCGGGGAAGGACGUCACGCUGGGGGAGGCACCUCCUUCGUCCGAGCCUCUUCCGCAAAGCGAUGCCCCCAAAAAGCAAAGCCGACGCAGGCCGAGGCAGAAAUCAGCCCGUCAGAAUGUCCAGGAAGAAACCAUGGAGGAGAAAAGUGUUGAACCGGAAGGGAACGCCAGACAGCGUCCCGCUCGAGUAAGGAAAGAAAGUAGAGGAAGUGAGGGUGAGGUUGCUGAGAGGAGGAAGAGAAGGAAGGGACAAACUGGAAAAAAUACAAAGGAAAAGAAUUCGGAGGAGGCAGGAGGUGAAGUUCUAAACACUAGUAAGACCCCACUCAGUGUCACCACGGUAUAUCUGGGCGGUAUCCCCACUGGGUUGCGCGUCAGCGAGCUGAAGACGUCCCUUCGAGAGAGAGAUGCGGCGCCGCUUCGACUCACCUGGCAGGGAGCUCAGCACCGCGCCUUCUUGGACUACAGCAACCCAGAGGCUGCCGAGAAGGCGCUGGAGGCGCUACAGGGGCUCAGCUUGAAUGGGCACAGUGUGCAGGCCGAGCUGGCAAAGAGCCAGCGCCGCAGCAAGAGACCCGGCCCUUCCAAUCGCAAACCCAAAGCCACACCGGCUCCAACAUCUGACAUGGAAGUAGCUGAUUCUAAGCAUGGAGAGCAAAAGCAGACUGAGCAAUAGAAACAGAAGAAUAACUCCACUAACCUUGAAAUGCCUUAUAACAGUUUGGUUUGGUAACUGUAGAGACACAAUUUUAUAUUAAGCAAAAUCUGAAUAAAAUAUGCAACAUUAGUACAUCAAAAUGUGAAGACUUUCCCUUAUUUA